CACCUUCCAUCCUCCAUCAUGACCUGUGGUCCGUUUGGUCUCACAUCGAGUUUGAUCGGCGCCUCGUAGACUGUCGCGGUCGGAGCAUGUCUCUGCCGGGACCAAAUGUCCGUCUCAGCCUCGAUUCCCGACACUUCGCUUGGUCUCACCUCCUCCGAGAUCCAGAUCCUCCGACAGCAACAGCAGAUUGCCUUGCAGGGUGGCCAUGCCGGCAAUGGGCUGGCCAGGGGCAGAGGCACCGGAAGAACCAGCAAUUCCAGCUCGCGCGCAACCAGCGCUGCCAGCAGCCAGGGCCGUUUGCUUCUGGACCCUAUGAGCCUCCGCGCACUAUCGCACCAGCUAGACAGCUUACAGGCUCAGAUCAGUCAGCGGAUCGAAUAUCUCGAGGAUCAAAUGCAGCGCUCCAUCCAAAACACCUACGACCGCGCGGGAAACGUCAUUCGCAAUGCCGAUGCCGAAAUCGCCCGCACCCGUGAAAUCCUGGCUUCUAUCGACGAGUUGGACAAUGACUUGGCGAAGAUCGCUCACAUCCGCGAUAUCGUCAGGUCAUUCCGUGGCCGAAUCGAGAACCUAGAUCACCGCAUUGACCAGAGUUCUCGGCGCCGACGAUGAUACCUUCCCAUAUACAACCCCUCCAUAUACUUCCAACCCCACAUCUGUCUUCAAACACCCCGAAAGACCGUUUACGAUCAUGCGUUUUGCACAUC